AUGUCUGGUUUGGAUAAGGAGAAAAUUGAAAAGAUUAUUGAGGAGAAUACAAGCGCAAAUUAUGAAGGACAUUCGAAGAAGCGAGCUAAACGUAUAAGUGCGCGGAUUGAGCGAAAUAACGAGUUACUUAAGGCAUUCACUCAAAGUGAAAUUUCUAAAGCUGAAGCAGAAAUGGAUGCUUAUGUUGACCUGCUGGAAGAUGAACGUGAUUUGUCACGUAUUGCUGUUCAUGUUGAUAUGGAUGCUUUUUUCGCUGCUGUGGAAAUGCGUGAUGACCCAUCACUACGCAUAGUUCCUAUGGCUGUUGGUAGUGAUUCUAUGCUGAGCACUUCGAACUAUAUAGCACGUCGUUUCGGUGUUCGUGCGGCAAUGCCGGGAUUUAUCGCAAAAAAACUUUGUCCUGAACUGAAAAUUAUCCCAUGUAACUUUGCUAAAUACAAGAAAGCCAGCAAAGAGGCAAGAAUGAUAUUUGGAGAAUAUGAUCAGAAUUUUUCGAUGGGGAGUUUAGAUGAAGCCUACCUCGACGUAACCGAAUGUGUUGCAAAUCGCAUAUUUCCAAUUGACCGCCAACGAGUUAGGUACAUGGGGGAAUGCAUUUGCAAGUUACCCUUGAUCCCUGUAGAGGAGCAGUCAGAAGUAAAGGAUUUUGAUAAGAAGGAAGAGAGGUGUGAAAAAUGUGGGAAGACUUGUGUUAUUGUUAUCGACAAAGUUACAUUCGGAACAGAUGUUGAGGAGGUUGUCAGAGAAAUGAGGUUUCGUGUAGAGCAGGCUACUGGUUUAACUUGCAGUGCAGGUAUUGCACCUAAUUCUAUGAUUGCGAAAAUUUCAUCGGAUAUGAAUAAACCAAACGGCCAGUUUCGAGUCGCAAAUGACAAAGAAGCUGUAUUGAAUUUCAUGCAACAUUUACCAAUCCGUAAAGUGUGUGGAAUCGGGGCAGUGACAGAGGCAGUACUGAAAGGGUUAGGAAUUGAGAAGUGCGGAGACCUCUACGAGAAACGCGCUUUUCUAUCACUUUUGUUUUCGCAAAGGUCUUAUGAACAUUUCUUGCGCAUUGCCUUGGGGAUAUCGUCGUCUUAUACUGCUCUUGUUGUGAGUGAUCGUGAAUCAAGGAGGAAGAGCAUAGGCAAUGAAAGAACUUUUCAUCCCACUAAUAAUAUGAAAGUCAUAUUAGAGAUUAUGCAAGAGUUAUGCAGCAAUUUAAUACAAACUCUUCCGAAGUAUGAGGUCCUCGGCGGUCGUUCUGCAACAUGUAAAAUGAAGUUCUCGACAUUUGAUCUGAUUACGCGAUGCACAACAGUCAAUGAUAUAAUAACGGACUCGGUUCGCCUCUUCGCUAUUUGUGAAAGAUGCAUUAGAGAAGAAAUGAAAGAGGGGAGUAAACAGCUCCGGCUACUUGGCGUCCAAUUAUCAAAGCUUGUUUUUUCGGGUGAUAAGGCAGAGCCUUGUACUUCGCGUACCCUGUCUUCAUACUUCAGCCCGAAGAAACGUGGAAAGGAAAAUAAUACAGAUUACGAUAGUGAUUCAAGUAUUGAUAUGUUUGACUCCACUGCUGUGGAAGAAAGAAUGCAGUUUGAUUCACCUCGUAAUGGCGAUCUUUUUGGAUCACCAGAAGUUGAAGAAAAUGCCCCAUGCAUUUCCGGCCAAUUUUGUCCGAUUUGUGACAGAAGUUUGCCGAUGGAAAUUCAUUUAGUCAAUUGUCAUAUUGAUGAGUGUUUAAAUAGAAAAGCGAUAUCAGAAAUGGAAGAGAGGGAGAUGCAAAACUCUGCUGUGGAAGUACCAGACAGAGCGAGGCCGAGAAAAGGGACUGUAAAGGAGAAACAAAAACGAAAUGUUAUGAAGUCAGAUCAGAAGAAUGUGGAUCUCGAUGAACUAAUUUGA